UGCCAUGCUGCAUUGUAUACAUCGGACACUUUUGUAUUAUUAAUAUGUAGUUACAUUUAUUUUCACUUGAUUUAUAUGACUUAUGUUACUCUAUUUAAAUAAUAUAUAUAUAAAGUAACAAAUUCUCUUAUGUCGAAGCUGUUUUGAACUUCUCCAAAGAUGUUUCGGCCACUUUUCUCCAAGCCGGGAGAUAACACUUGGCAGGAGGAUAAACCUGAUAUCGAUGCCCAUUCGUCUACACAAUUUGUUUACAAUGCACAUCAUUCACUGGCACUUGACAUGCAGCGGCAACGGCUGCCUAUAUUCAAGAAUAAAGAUCACAUUAUUUACUUGUUGGAGAAAUAUCAGACCUUGGUUUUGGUUGGUGAAACAGGCUGUGGUAAAAGCACCCAAAUCCCUCAGUAUCUUCUCGAAGCAGGAUGGUGUGGAGAUGGAAAAAAAAUUGGUAUCACGGAACCUAGAAGAGUCGCAGCCACCUCUCUGGCGAAUCGCGUGGCCGACGAACACAAUUGUAUUCUAGGAACCACCGUGGGUUAUUGCAUACGCUUCGAUGAUUACACUGAUGAAACGACUAAGAUUAAGUACAUGACCGAGGGUAUUCUUCUAAGGGAAAUGAUGAACGAUCCAUUAUUAACAAGCUACUCGGUCAUUAUCCUAGACGAAGUGCACGAAAGAACACUCUUGACUGAUAUCAUAAUGGGGCUGCUGAAAAAAAUAAUCAGGAAACGGAAGAGUCUAAGAGUUAUCGUCUCGUCGGCGACGGUUGACGCGGAGGAACUUCGAGAUUUCUUUAACAUAAAUACGACGAAGGACUCGAGUAAAGAUAGCGCGGUUAUCAUGAGCGUCGAGGGGCGAUUAUAUCCGGUAGAUGUAUUUUUUCUGAAAGAGCCGGUCGCGAAUUAUAUUAACGGCGUAGUAGACACCGUUCUAAAAAUACAUGAAACUGAAGAAUCGGGCGAUAUCCUGGCAUUUCUCACAGGACUCGACGAAGUCGAUCAAGCCGUCUCUCUUUUAUCGGAACACGCAAAACUUAUAAAAGAUGAUAAACAGAAGCUGCUUCCGUUGCCGAUGUACGGGUCGCUUCCAAACGCGGAACAGCUUAAAGUAUUCUGGAAGGCUGCUAAAGAUACUCGCAAAGUUAUCGUGGCAACUAACAUCGCGGAAACGUCAAUUACUAUUCCAAAUAUCGUUUACGUAAUCGAUUGCGGUUUCGUCAAGAUACCUUGGUUCGAAGCAGAAACACAAACGAAUAGCCUCGUUAUCGUGCCCGUAUCGAGAGCUUCCGCCAACCAGCGAGCCGGUCGCGCAGGUCGCGUACGUACUGGAAAAGCAUUUAGAUUAUACACAGAAGAGGCUUAUACUGAAUUGUUCGAGGCUACUCCACCGGAAAUGCAGCGGUCAGAUUUGGCACCGGCGAUACUGCAAUUAAAGGCUCUGGGCAUCGAUAAUGUAUUGCGAUUUAAUUUUCCAUCUGCGCCGCCCAGUAAAAAUCUAGUCAUAGGAUUGGAAUUGCUCUACGCGUUAGGUGCAAUCGAUAGUAAUGGAGAUUUGACGACACCGUUAGGUCUGACGAUGGCAGAGAUGCCUUUGGAACCAGUGUUAGCGAAAUCUUUAAUCGCUUCUGGUGAGAUGGGAUGCUCCGAGGAAAUCACGACAAUAUUCGCCAUGCUACAAGUUCAGAACGUUUUCAUACAACCUGGUGGAGGGCAAGCGGCUCUAAAAGCGAGAAUAGCACAUCGCAAAUUCGAGGUGGAAGAAGGAGAUCUUUUCACUUUACUAAACGUCUAUACAGCUUUUGAACAGAAUAAAACACCUGCCUGGUGCCAGAAACAUUUUCUCAAUCACAAAGCUUUGCGAAGAGUUAUGGAAAUUCGCGUACAGAUGCACAAAAUGCUCAAACGUUUAGACAUUCCACUGGUAUCUUGCAAUGGUAGUGUCCAGCAAAUCCUUAAAUGUUUAGCUGCCGGUCUCUUUCCUAAAGCAGCAUAUCUGCAUUAUACGGGCACAUAUAGAACGGUUCGAGGCAACAAGGAUUUGUAUAUUCAUCCGAAUAGUUGCUUAUAUACUCUACAGCAGCCACAAUGGUUACUAUUUUGCGAAAUUUUGCAAACAAAUAAAACUUACAUGAAGGACUUGACUGUUAUUCAGCCAGAAAUGUUGUUGGAAGCGGCACCACAUUUUUAUGAGAGAACGUCCAUUGAUUCUAUUUAAAUAUAAUUUAAAAUAAAAUUUUUAUAAAAUA